GUCAAAACUACUCAAGGUGAGAGUCCAGCACCCGUUUCUCUCAGGACCACUCCCCCUGCGCCCGAGCUAACGGCCUCUGGAGUGCCGCUUUGGCUGUUCCUGGGUCCGCAGCCACAACCGUAGCCUUCGAGGAUAUCGAGCCUGAGCCGUCGAUGGCGUUGAUUGCCCAGGUGCUGGCUUUCUCCGCCCGGCGGCCCGUCUCUUCCCCGACCGGGCGAUCGGCUGCAUGACCCGCCUCGUCGAGGCUUUCCGCGAGGCUGGGAUCCAGCGGUUUCUGGACGUCCAGCGCUUCUGCGAGGCCCCGCCUCACAGGCUCCGCGUCUCGGAGCUCGGGCCCCUCUACGGCCUCCGUUACAGGCGCGGGGAGAGCGACUUCCGCUCGCCACUCGUGCGGCAAGCGCGCGGCAUCGUGCUCGAGAAGGAGACCAACCAAUCGGAUCGUGUCCUGGGCCUUCGACAAGUUUUACGAGUACGGAGAGGACGCGCCGUCCUACGCCGAGCGGCCGAACCUUCGCCGGUCGGUGGCGGACCCCCUGGCGAGAUACGAGCGCAAGUACGACGGGGUGCUGAUCAAGGUGGUCCGCCGGGCCGGGGGGAGCCUCCUGGUCUCCACGAACGGCACCAUCGACGCGGCUCUGGCUCCGAGAUGCGCGGCCCUGGGGGCCGCUUCGGCUUCAGCGGGGACGACGGGGACCCGGGCGCCGCGGGGCCCGGCGGCCUGGGCGCGGCCUCGGCCGCUGGGCCGCCGGGCGGCCCAGCGCCGGCGAGCCUGAGGCAGGCCUUCGCGGAGGCCGGGGGGCUUGCUCUGCCCUACGAGGAGAGGGCCUCUGCUACGCUUUCGAGCUGCUUCACCCAGGUGUGUCGACUGUCGUACCCGCACCGCAGGCGGCCUUGGUGCACACGCUGCCGGAACAACCCGGAGACUGAGCGGGGAUUUCGAGGAGCUGCCGGCCCAGGAGCGCAUGGACGUCAGUGGUGUCGUGCGUCCGGCCGAGGUGGUGCAGUUUUCCUCGUUUGGCGCGUGCCGCGAUGCUGCCCGAGCGCUGCCCUGGGAUGACGAGGGGUUCGUCGUCGCAGACAGCUCUGGCAGCCGGGUCAAGGUGAAAUCGGAGGCGUACAUUCGGGGGUUGCUCGAGGUGGUCCUGGCCUGGGGUGUCGCCAAAUUUCCGCGCCACUUCUGGAGCCCCUGCCCCCGGGGCCCUCUGGUCCUCGUGCGGGGUGCACUGGAGGCCUUUGGGGGCACCUUGGGCCAGAGGCUCCUCUGGCAACGCCCGGUGCGUGGCGAUGCAGCGGCUGCUGGCGGGCGAUUCGCUUUCCCUCGACCACGACGCCGUUGCGGUCGCGCUGACCCUGCACCGCUCGUCCGCGCCGCUGCCGCCAGGGGUCCGCUGCCGCGUGGCGGAGCUCGGAGGGCAGCCUGACCGGCCCCCUGGCGCGCCCGUCGAGGAUCCUCAGAACGCGGGUCAGGCCAGUGUGUGCUUCCUCCGUUCCGUUCCGCCGGCAGCACGCAGUCUGUGCCCGCCCCC